UAACAUCGGACUGAAGAAAAGAUGGAACAUUUGUUACAGAGAGAGGGAUCUCUUCUCGUAAAGGACGUCCGAUAAUACGGCAAUUUGGAAUCAAAAGUUUUAAAAAUGAAUAAAAUAAUUACCAUUUAAAUAUAUAGAGUCAAAAGUGCACCGAGAUGGUGAGGAGGAUAAUUCCCAUGGCGUCAUCAAUACGACCUUCGAUCUCGUCGUUUAUCUUCUCCGAUGGUGUUGCUACGACGCGUUCUGGUCUAUCUUUUCCUCCGCUUCACCUUCCUCGACGCCUCCUUUUCUCUCAGCUCGGCAGUGCUAUUCCACAAUUGCGAUUCUUCGGUUUUAAAGCUUCCGAGCUGUUGAAUGCUGAAAGAAGCAGGGUAGGGAUGCCUCUUAUAAGAAAUGGGGUACAGGCAAGAACGGUUGCCGCACAGGAAACUGCCGUAGAGUUUGUUAAAAAGGAUAAAAGAAGAAUGCUCCAUGUUGUUUAUCGAGUUGGGGAUUUAGAGCGGACCAUCAAAUUUUAUACUGGAUGCUUGGGAAUGAAGCUGUUGAGGAAACGAGACAUACCAGAGGAGAGAUACACAAAUGCCUUUCUUGGAUAUGGGCCUGAAGAUUCUCACUUUGUUGUUGAACUUACUUACAAUUACGGAGUUGACAAGUAUGACAUUGGAACUGCAUUUGGUCAUUUUGGGAUAGGUGUUGAGGAUGUUGCCAAGACUGUGGAACUUAUAAAGAUCAAGGGUGGAAAAGUAACCAGGGAACCUGGUCCAGUGAAAGGAGGUACUACUGUAAUUGCAUUUGUUGAGGAUCCUGACGGUUACAAGUUUGAACUAAUUGAAAGGUGGCCUGCUCCUGAACCUUUGUGCAAAGUAAUGCUCCAUGUUGAUGAUCUUGAUCGUUCCAUAAAAUUUUAUGAGAAGGCCUUUGGCAUGGAGCUUCUUCACACACAAGAUAAUCCAGAGUACAAGUAUACAAUAGCCAUGAUGGGCUAUGGGCCUGAAGAAAAAAAUGCUGUGCUUGAGUUAGCAUACAACUACGGGGUCACCAACUACAAGAAAGGAAAUGGCUAUGCUCAGAUUGCAAUCGGCACAGAUGAUGUUUACAACACUGCAGAGGCUGUUAGACUUUUUGGUGGAAUAGUUACUCAGGAACCUGGACCUUUACCUGGUAUUAACACCAAGAUCACUGCAUGCUUAGAUCCUGAUGGUUGGAAGACGGUUUUUGUUGAUAAUAUUGAUUUCCUCAAGGAAAUGGAGUGAGUUUUAGGUACAUUUCUCACACUUUUCCUUUUUGAAAUCCAACUCCGAGCUGAAAGGAUUUGCGGCAGAAAUUAAAUUCGCCUUGAGCACACGGCCAAUUUGGUUUUGUAGAUAAAUCUUCUCCAGUGAAAAAAUUUCGAGAUGCCAGUUUUUUUUUUUUUUUUUGAGAAGCACAGUUAAUUUUAGCGGUACCUUUUUGAGAAAAAAUUGUUGCUAUUUUUUUAGAGGGGUUAAAAAGUUCGUAGAUACUUUCGGUGAAGUUAGAGACUAAAGAAAAAUUAACGGUAUUUAAUUAUUUAUAAGCUUCGCUGAGUGUUAAAAAAACGAAUCUAUUUAACUUCUUUGGAAAAAAUCUAUUUUGGUGCA